ACCCCGCUCUGUGCCAUCGAACGGAAACACUGCAUGCCUCGCAGCACAGCAUGAGCGUCGCCGCCCCGACGAGCACCCUUCGCCACUGGAACCGCCUGAUUCAGCUCGCCGCCGCGUCCGGCUCCUACUCCCGCUGCCUCCGUCACUACGUUCCCCUCCUCGCCGCGGGCCUCCACGGCGACGCCUCUACCUUCCCUUCCCUGGCCAAGUCCUGCGCCGCGCUCCGCCUCCCCCGCCUCGGCUGCUCUGUCCACGCCCACGCCCUCCUAGUGGGCGCCGCCUCCGACGUGUUCGUCCUUACCUCUCUGCUUGACAUGUAUGCCAAGUGCGCCUGUCUCCCCGACGCGCGCCGCCUGUUCGACGAAAUGCCGAGCCCGACUCUGAUAUCCUGGAACUGCAUGGUCACGGCGUAUAGCAAGAGCUCUUGUGUUACAGAGGCUGUUGCCAUGUUCAACACGAUGCGGGGUGUCGGGGUAAGGCCCAGCGGAGCCACACUCGUCGGUUUGCUAUCUGGGCGUGUGGACUCCUUGUCCACACGAAAUCCGGGUUUGUGCUUGUAUGGGUAUAGCAUGAAAUCUGGGCUUGACACGGAUUUGCCAGUCUUGAACUCAGUCCUCACCAUGCUUGUCCGUGCUGGCCAGCUGUACGAUGCAUGCUUGCUGUUUGACUCUAUGCACGAGAAGUCUGUAGUUACAUGGAGUGCAAUGGUGUCGGGCUUUUUGCAGACGGGGGACUACAUGAAAGUGUUUGGUCUGUUCAACCACAUGCAGACAGCUGGGUACAAAUUUGAUUCUGUGGCGCUUGUUAAUCUGAUCUCAGCUGCUGUUCUGUUAGGGAACCUUUUGGUGGCCAAGGGUGUGCAUGCUCUUCUGAUCAAGAGUGGUUUUGAAUCUGAGCAAGAUCUUAUGUCAUCAUUGGUAAACUUGUAUGCUAAGUGUGGGGAUCUUGAGGCUGCUCAAGAGGUUUUUGAUGCAGUUCAUCGGAAGAAUGUAGUUCUGUGGACUUCAAUGAUAAGUGGAUAUGCUGAAGGUGGUCACCCGGACAAGGCGUUGAAAAUGUUUGAUAGCAUGUUAUGCACAGACGUAGAGCCAAAUGAGGCAACGGUUUCAUCAGUUCUUUCAGCUUGUGCCAAUUUGGGGUCCGCUAAUCAGGCAAAAAAGGUUGAGGACCAUGUGGUGGCAAUUGGACUGCAGAAGGAUCUGCGAGUUGCUACUGGACUGAUAGACACGUACUGCAAGUGUGGGAAUGUUACGCUGGCUAGGGAAAUAUUUGAUGGUGUUACCACUACUAACAGAGACUUGGCUAUCUGGAGUGCCAUGAUUAACGGGUAUGCUUGCAUUGGAGAAGGCAGUGAAGCUCUUGUCCUUUUCAACGAGAUGCAAAACCAAGGUGUUCAACCAGAUGCCAUUGUCUUCACUCAUCUAUUAACCGCAUGCAACUACUCUGGUUUAGUAGAUGAAGGCCUUCAGUGCUUUCGCAGCUUGACAGUGGAAUAUGGUAUUGAACCAUCUAUUGAGCACUAUAUGUGCACAAUUGAUUUGCUAUGUAAAGCUGGUCAUCUUAGUGCCGCUAAGGAGUUCUUCAGGAAGAUACCUAUUCAAUUACAAAACCAGGGAAGUGGAAGAAGGCAACAGAUUAUAGGAGGCUAAUAACCAAGCAAGGAUUAGUGAAGGAACCUGGAAGGAGUUGUAUUGAGAUGAGUGGCUAACUAUGCUAGGUGGCCAGUCGACAUUUUUGGUGCAACAAAAUGUGACAUCAAGUAAGGAAAGAAAUUUCUUGGGUUGAGGCUUUAUGAGGGUCAGCUUCCCAGCCCUCCUACAGGUUAAUGAUCAUAACUUGUAGACAGCUCCUGCAAACGAAAGUAGAAAUACAUCCAUUAACAUCUUCAACAUAGAAUCAUAGAAUCUAGCCAGAGUUGGAGCCUUUGGACUAUGGUACUGUCUUGCUUACAUAUGAUUUGCAUUGAAGUUAGAUUUUACUUCAUUUUGGCAUCUCAUUAUAAUUAGACAUUAUAUUAUGUGUGUUCAUUCAUAUGUCUUCUGUCUGGAUCAAUUUAUUGUACCUACUAAGAGCAUUUGCAUUGCAUUUACUAUAACUUGAUUAUCAGUUGAGUCCAUAUUGAAGUAUUAAGUUUUGAGUUAACUUGUAGUGAGAAACACAGUAACGUGUGUAAGUUCUGCAUUUAGGAACUAGGCAGUGCAGUAUUCAUGACAAAGUAAUAUUGUUCAUGCCUCAGUGUUGCGUUUAGAGAAAACAGUAUAUGCCAAAUUGUUAAAUUAUAUUUCUAUGGAUUGAAGAUGCACACGUGCCCAAAAAGGAGCAUUUCCUCAUAUAAAAUGAUAUACUUUUAUUGUAGAAUUGCUUGGAAUGCAAAUAGCUCCUAAUUUGUUCCAAGCACCUUUGCAUUUAGGAUUCAUAAUUCGUACACUAAAAAUUGCUGUAUCGUAUCGGAGAACAAAAAAAUGGCAGCCUUGUGAACUUUUAGAUCAUAAAACUUGAUCUUAUUAAGUCGUCUCAUUCGUCUUUUUUUUUCGUCUGUGAAGUUUAAAUUUAUGCCACUCAAGCAUUCCUGCUUUUUUUGUUUUCAGCAAUAUAUCUCAUCUUCUUGUAUUAUAAAAAUAUUGUUUCAAUGGAUGGAUCACUAGGACUUUUACAUACAAUGGCACACUCGAGUUAUUUUAUGUAGAAUAAGAUCGCUUCUGCAGGAAUUACCUCCCAUGGAGUUGCAGAAGUGCCUGAAGGCCUUAUUCAAAGAUGGUGUUCAGGAUUUGGUCCCAUUGCACCUCUGAAAGAAAGCAAGUGACGUAUUAAGAGAUGGACUCAAGUUUCUUAUCUGAGCCAAAAUAAUCAGGCAGGCAUUCAGGUACCAUCCAUAUUUUCAAGCGGUUAGUAGCUCGUGCAAAACUUUGUCAAAGUAAAUGUCACGUCAUUGAGGAUCAGGAACAACAUCUUCUGUAUGUUGUACAGUAUGAUUGCUAAUAUGCAGUGUCAUCUACAGGUUUAUACAUCUUAUGCAGGUGGCCUAGAAAUGAUGGUAGUCCUUAUUCAGUUUUUUUGUCAAUGAAGAGGCUAGGCUUGGGCACAUCUAAUGAAACAUAAGUAGACUUUGCGGAAGAUAUCUUUAUCUUGUUUCUACAUAUCCUAAGGCAUGUGGUCUUGUACAAUCGUAAUGUAAAUUGGAAAAUGUGUAGCAGGUGUGUUGUUCUGUUCAUCAUGCCGUUGUGUAUGAUCAUUCGUGUAGUAAAAUCCUGUUAUCUUGGGUAUGUUACAUUGUACCAUAUGUACAGUGAACUGGUUUCUCACAUCUUUACUUGAUUUCGUCUGAGAAUUGACGUUGGUAUCUUGUAAGGUACGGAAUAAGUGAAUCUUUUUUAUGUAAUGUAACAUACUUCACUGGA